CAUUUGAGUUUUCGUGUUGAGUUGGAAGUGAUUUCUUCCAAUCCUUUUACUAAUUGUAAUUCACUUUUUUAUGUUCGAAUAUCUUAGAACGAUAAGUUAAAAUGUGGACAGUUAACAGUUUUAUGUGCUGGGAAUUGGAGACUGGAGGUCUUGUGAUCGGAUGGUUUUGCUUAAUUUUAUAUAUUUUAACUUCAAUAAUUUUGGGAUUUGUAUCCGUUGGAAUAUUACCUUUAUCUUGUAAACAACGUGAAGAGAUUGACGAAAAUUUCAAUUAUAAUUUUUCUAUGUCAAUAUGUGAAAAUUAUUCUUUGUAUCUGUUCAUCGUUGUUUUUGUCAUGAUUUUGUGUUUCGUGUUUGCUUAUUUCGCGUACUUACUGAUUAAAGGAACAAAACAACGAAAGCAUUCUCUUGUCAUGCCGAUGAUGAUAUUAACAAUCCUGGCAAUUGCAUUAGAAUUACUGGGUUUAUUAAAAGUUUUCACUCUCCAGCAACUUGUUCAUCGUUUGGUUAACAUAUUCGUUUACUGUUACAUGACUCUCGUUAUCUAUUCACUUUAUGACAAGUUCAAGAAGGAGAAAACUCAAAGCGAAGUUCCACAAUAUCAAAGAAACAGAGAGAGAAGCAAAAUAAAAACUAAAUUUUUUAAAAUGUUGUUAUUGGAAAACUUUCUAAUAAUUUUUAGUCUUGAAGUUGGUGGAAAGUUUAUCGGUUGGUUUGGAUUGAUAACAAAUGGAAUUAUUUUACCACUUUCGGUGUUGUUGCUCGUUACUGUAGCAGUCGAUAGAGAUUUGAGCUACAUACGAGAACAACUUGAUGAAAUUGAUGUUUCAGUAAUGCAAAGCUAUGAUGAUACAUCAAUAAAGCAAUUCAGAGAGUAUCUCAUCUUUUCGCUGAUACUUAUCAUCAUCAUUUCAACGAUUUAUUUGAUCGCUUCAUUUCUCCUUAUUCGUGGAACACAAAAUCAUAACCACCGACAAAUCAAACCAGCCAAAAACAUUCUCGCCUUCUUGGCGAUUUUCUCAGUUUUUGGACUUUUAUUGCGAUUCACUGUCAAGUCUUUGGUGAAUGCAGUUCUAUAUGCGUAUGUGUUUGCAGUGGUUUAUUCACUCUGGAAGAAGAUAAAGGAGGAAGAAGAAGAGUCGAGAAGGAGAAAUUCGGUUGACCAAAACUUCCACUCGGUUGUCGUUCAACCAAGAGUUCAACCCAAAACCCAAUCAUAAUCAUCUUAAUCGUCUAAUUAUUAAAUAAACUUCUUCACACAUAAUCAAUCUUAAAUAUUUUUAAUGUGCUCAAUUAAGGAUUUAAUGUGUAAUUGGGAAUAAAAAUUUGUGAG